AUCUACAGUGUAAUUCUAAGGCUUAUAUACUAGUUAGGAGUCCGAUCUAGUUCCUACUCGGAGUGGUCUACAUUCUAGGGUUGUCGGAGGAUGUAUUCUACCGGUCGGUAGCCGAUGGGGUCCGAUGACAUAUUCGCUACCGAUGUCAGGCUAUUGGUAAAUUGUAAUGGAGAAGUGAAAUAUAGAAUGGAAUAUGAAAUAGAAUAUGAAAUAGAAACUGGGAAUCGGAAUCCGUAGGAUUCCAGGCUGUGGUUUGUUGGGUUGAGUGGAAGUCAGGGUUCCAUCGGCAUGCUCGUUACAGUAUCCCCCCCUUAGCGUUCUUGCCCUCAAGGACACAGAUCCCGAUGGCCGAGUGUGACCACGUGGAAUUUUUUCAGGUUGGUCACGUGGCUUUUCACCUCUUAGCUUUCUACCACCACCAUCUCUUCCAUUUUCUGAGUUUUGUCCUCGUCGUUGGCCAUGUCGUCCACCGUUGAAUACCGCACUUCCGUGACGCCCGAACCGUACGAACCUGCCCCGACACCCGAAGAUAUUCGGCCUGAAGACCUAGAGGCCUUUUAUGAUGAGCGGGACGCCGCGGAGAAGGCUAGGGAGGAUGCCGCGGAGGCCCAUGAGGCUUGGAAGGUGCAGAAGCAAAAGGAGGAAAAGAGGCGGGCUCUGGAGUUAGAACGGCGAGAGAAAAAGUUGGCCCAGGAAAGGAAGGUUGCGGAGGCCAAAGCAAGGAAGGAGAGGGAGGAGCGGGAGGCCGCGGAGAAGAAACGGCAAGAGGAGGCAGAGGCUAAGGCAAAGGCGGAGGCGGCUGCUGUGGAGCAGCAGAGGUUGGAAGAGGAGGCAAGGGCCUUGGAGGAAAGGAGAGCUGCGGAGAAGAAGAAGUUAGAAGGUGAGGCCAAAGCAAAGGCUUUGGUGGAAGCUAGCAAGGCCGUGGAGGCAGAGAAGGAGAGGGAGAAGGUAGAUGGGAAUGAGGGGAGCAAGGUUGGUAGCGGGUCCGACGGAGAUGACGAGCGGGAGAAGGACCCGAAGGGGAAGGCAUUGAAAAAAUUGGUAAAGCAGAGAAGGGAUAGGAAGGGUAAGGGCAAGGCGACCGAUUCAGAGGCCGUGGACGUUUCGAGGAAGCGUAAGAUCAAGUCUAGUGCGGUGGUGGUCAGUGGGGAAGAGGAAGUCAUGGGGCCAUCGGGAAGGCCUUUGAAGAAAUUGAAGACCAAGCCUGAGAUGCAGGUGGACGACGAAGAAUAUAAGGGUAAUGAGCGUUGUGGUUGUUGUAAGGCAGACAUGAAGUGUUUUAUCCGCCGCAGGUGCACUUGCGAGCGAUGUAAGCUGAAGAAGAGCAAGUGCGUAUUUAGUCAGGGUGAAGGGUUGGGGUCCGUGGGUUCCGAUGAGGUUGUGUACUUGUUGCAACAACUUUGUGACAAGAUGGACAACUUCCAGGAAGGCUUGGAAAGGGUAGAGGGGAAGGUCGACUUCCAUGAGGGUGACGCACCGGAAUGGCCAUCGGAUUUCGUCGAGGAGGAGUUUAGGGAGGAAUGGGCAGCAUCUAAGGUCGAGCUCGGAAACCUCAAGAACGUGAACUCGGAGGCCCUAUGGAUCGCGAUGC